UGACACCUGCCUGAGGGGCCGCACCCAGCGAUACUUUACAGAAUCACUCCCAGGUCCAGAUUUAGGUUUGAUGAGGCCCUAAGCUACUGAAGGUUUUGCAUACAUUUGACAAUGGAUGGUUCCUCAGAAGGAAAUGUUCCAGCAGGAGAACAACCUGCAGCUGCGGGGCUGGUAGGAGCAAUUAGCACUUGCACUAAAGAGCAAAAACAACAGCAACAAAUAGAGCGUCAGCUGAAAUGCCUGGCAUUUCAAAAUCCUGGACCGCUUCUAGCAGACUUCAACCCUGAAACCCGAGAGCAGCAGAAGAAAGCCUGCAUGUCAAUGAUAAACCAGGAUUGUUUUAACAAUACAAAGAAACCCUUGAAGAAAUAUGACAAACACGGCCGGCUGCUUUCCGGUAAAGCGGAUUUGUGUGACUGCCUGGAGAAGAACUGCUUGGGCUGCUUCUACCCUUGCCCUAAAUGCAAUUCCACCAAGUGUGGGGCAGAGUGUCGCUGCAACCGGAAAUGGGUUUACGAGCAGAUUCAAAUAGAGGCCGGGCCGAUUAUCAGAUUUCCAUUUUAAACGGCUUUUUACCUGACCACUGUUGUUGUGAAACAGAGGCUGGACUUAUUUUAUUUCAUAUUUAUUUAUUUAUUUAUUUAUUUAUUGUUUAUUUAUUUAUUUAUGAAGAGAGAGGGGUGUUAUUCAUCCUGUUAGAGGAACAAAAUGCCUGACAUUCAAAGACGGGUAGCAGAGUUGUCAGGGUGUGACAUGCAGACCAUAAUAUUGAGUGUGGAAGAGAGUGGAGCUUAACACUUUCACCACCCACCACUUACCUGCUCCAAAUCACUCCCCAAGCAGUCUUUCCCACCUGUGGGGGCCAAAAUACAUGCACAGCCACAUUUUGAACACUAGGUGUAUGGAGUUGGGAAAGGGCAGAUGAAAAAGUUCAAGCACUUUCUCAUAUCUUUUUGUUCACGUUUGCUCUGAGCCAGGCGUUGGUUCAUAAUAUGUUGCUGAGCCUCUGAGUUUCUUCAAUUUAAACAAGUUAGGAGUUGGAAUUGGCUACUAGGAAGUUUAUUUAAUCUUUCUCAUCUGUUAAGGCAGUAGAGAAGGGGGGCGGGCGGGCGAGAUUUGAACAUUUUCGUUGGACAGAUCCAGCUGCCUUGGGAAUAAACCAAUUCAUAGCCAGCAGAAGCAAAUUAAAGAAAAAGCAGGCCUCCCCUCUUUAAAAGCUCAUUAUUUCUUGACUGCAUCUAUACAUGCCUCAUAUAGAUUAUUGUACCCUGUUAUUGCUCAGGUGAAAAGACUAUGCCCUCCUGAAAAUCACACUGCAAAGUGACUCUUGCGAACAGAAGGAGGAAAGGGGGAACCAAGGAAUUCAAGAUUAAUGAAAGCCUCUUCUUUUUCCCCAACGGGCUGCCGCACAACUCGAAAAUUGAUUCCUUCUGUGUUUAUCAUCUGUGCAGAACGAGGGGCUAUCAAAGUAAAUGUUUAAGUCCUUGAGCAAAGUUGCAGAAAAUAAAGUUGGAUAUAAAUA